AUGCCUACACGUGCGUAUUCAGACUUCUCAUUCGGGCCAGAGGACCCUGUAGCGGUGAAAAAUGUCAAGAAAGUAGCCAUCAUCGGUGGUGGUGCCUCGGGUGCCAUUACUUUGGACUCAUUGGUGGCAGAGAACACCUUUGACGAAAUCGUUUUAUAUGAAAGGAGAGACGUACUCGGAGGAAUUUGGGUCUUGGAUCUGGAUCCCAUUAAGACCCCAGCCGACAUCGUCAAGCCAGGCCGCUUGAGCAGAGACAUUGAUCCUCCAUUGAAAAAUCCAUUUGCUGAUGGCUAUACCGAUAGUAGAAUCAGGAGCUUGUGGACAAAACAGGAAAGAUUCGAGCAAACACCCGCCUAUGAUGGCAUGGCAACCAAUAUUAUAGAGAAGCUCAUGACUUUCAGCGACCAGAAGCAGUGGCUCCCUGAAGGUAACAAUAAAUACGUGGACAGAUCGGCGGUGAGGGACUACAUUGACAGAUAUAUCUCAAGGAACAAGGACAAAGAGAACGUGAAGCUUGUGCUUGGAACCACCGUGGAGGAUUUGGAGAAAGUGGCUCCUCGUGCUGAUAGCGAUCUUCCUUACCUGUUCAAGCUCACCUUGAGACGCCGCUUACAGGACGGAACAGAUGAGUGGUUCCAGAAUACGUUUGAUGCAGUUAUUGUGACUGUGGGCCACUAUCAUAUACCCUUCAUUCCUGAGGUUCCGGGCUUGAAGGAGUUCCAGGAAGAGCGCCCACAUGCCAUUCAGCAUGCAAAGUUCUUUAGAAACGCAGUGCCAUAUACGAACAAAACGGUACUUGUUAUUGGUUCUAGAGCCCUGGGAGCUGAUUUGACCAAGUUUUCUGCAGAUACAGCCGUUGAAGUAUACCAGCUGAUCCGGAAUGUGGAAGGCACCAGACGGUUCUCCAGAAAAAGUAAUGUGACGUUCAAGCCUAUUGUUACCAGGUACGAGAAAACUGACAAAGGUUUCAAUGCUGUAUUUUCUGACGGAACGGUGCUUGAAAACCCCGAUGUGGUUGUAUAUGCUACUGGUUAUCAAUUUCUGUAUCCAUUUUUGGUGCGUUCUCUUGGAGAUAUUACACUUGACGGAAGAAUUGUUCCUGACUUGUACCAGCACACAUUUUUGGUUAAAGAUCCACUUAUUACGUUUGUUGGUGUGCCUACAGAUGCCAUUUCUUUCCGUGCCUUCGAGUACCAGGCUAUUUUGACUGCUCGGUACUUGGCAGGAAAAGUAGCGCUUCCUCCUCUUUCUGAGCAGAGAAAAUGGCUUGAAGAUAGAUUCAAUGAAAAGGGAGCGACGAGAGCGUACCAUACUAUUGGAGCCUUGGACGCUUUGGAUUACGUGAAAACACUCCUGGAGUUGGGGACCAUUAAAGAUGUGUCCAUAGCCCCAGGAAGAGAGUUCCCAGAGUUGUCUAUUGACGAGAUUGAGGAAUACACGGCUGCCGGAGCCAUUCUCAGGGAAUUCUGGGAUGCUCCCCGUAUACCUGAAUAA